AUGAAGAAAUUCAAGUCUCUUUCAACCAUUAUUGAUAAGCAUCCCGAGCUCAAGUCUUUAGAAGAGACAAAAAAAGAACUAAAGCAAGAAAUUUCUAGCGUAGAAGAAUCCAUUCGAAAUGCCAAAACUGUGUUAAAAUAUCAAGAAAAGAAUGAAGCCGCCACGCUAAAUAACCUGAUAUUGAAAUGGCGUCGUGCAAGUCAAGAGGCUGCAGAGUUUCUAUUCUCCAAAUUUCAAGAAGCUCAAAAUUCGAGUUUUUCCUCACAAGGUAACUUUUAUUCGAGUAAUAAUUGGGGAGGAUCCAGUAAAAAUUGGGGUUGGGAUGAAAAUCACUAUAGCAACGGUAGUAGCGAAAAUCGAAAAGAUCAGGAAGAUGAUGAAAAUGAGGAUGAUGAAGAGCAACAAAGUGACAGUGAUAAUAAUAGCGGCACCCUAGGUAUAACUAUGAAAUCAAUGCUUACACAGUUUGGUAUUGACCUUGGAUUAAUUAAAUGGGAUGAAGAUCAAGAAUCCUUUCUAGACUAA